GACUUGGCCACGGGGCUCAUGACCUUCACGGCCAACGGCAAGGAGAUCAACACCUUCUUCCAGGUGGAGCCCAACACGAAGCUGUUCCCGGCCGUGUUCGUGCUGCCCACCACCCAAAACGUGCUCCAGUUCGAGCUGGGAAAGCUCAAGAACAUCAUGCCCAUCUCGGCCGCCAUGUUCAGCAGCGAGAGGCAGAACCCGGCCCCCCAGUGCCCCCCCCCGGCUGGUGAUCCAGCACCUGACCCCCGUCACCUGGAGCCGGAUGCCCACCCAGUACCUGGGCGUGGAGAGCUCCCGCCUGGGCGAGCGCCAGGGCUGGGCCGUCCAGUGCAACGAGCCCCUGCAGAUGAUGGCCCUGCACAUCCCCGAGGAGGACAGGUGCAUCGACAUCCUGGAGCUGUGGGAGCGUGAGGAUCUGCUGCAGUUCCAGUGCCACACUCUCCGCCUGUACUGCGCCGUGUGCGCCCUGGGCAACAACCGCGUGG